UAAGCCCCUACCACCUUUGCUGCUCAAAAUAAGUAAUACUAGCUGCUAGUUCAAAACCACAGACUCUCUUCUUGACUCCACAGCCAUUAUGGAAGAGAUCCCUCUUAUCAAACUUCGCAGGCCGGAUUACAGCCCGCUCUGCAGCAAUAUUCCGCUGCCAGAGAGCCCAAAACUUCCAAUGGAGUUCUUGUCAAGGUCAUGGAGUGUCUCGGCUCUUGAAGUCUCAAAAUCUCUCUCCAGCAUGGCCUCUAACAAGUCUGCAAGUAGCUCUACUUGUACUACUGCUUCUUCUAUACCUGAAGAUGUCACUGGUGAGAUGACCGAGGCGAUUGUGCAAACCAAUCCGUCUGCUAAUUAUCAGUUUUCUUUUGCUUCUUCCGCUACUUCCCAGCUUUUACUCGAGCGUAUCAUGUCACAAUCAGAAGUGUCACCAUUGGCUUCAGGGAGGCUCUCUCACAGCAGUGGACCUUUAAACUUAACAGAAUCAGACAGCCCCCCAAUUUCACCCUCUGAUGAUUUUGAAGACAUUGUUAAGUAUUUUCGUUCUCACAACUCCUUGAACCCCCUAUUCAAUGGCGGCCGUGCCAGUGCUGGACCUGGCAGCGGUGCCCCUCCGAGUGGAGCCAAGACAGUUGGGAGGUGGUUGAAGGACAGAAAAGAGAAAAAGAAAGAAGAAACUAGAGCCCAGAAUGCACAGCUCCAUGCAGCUGUUUCAGUUGCUGCGGUGGCUUCUGCCAUAGCAGCCAUUGCAGCAGCCACAGCUUCUGCUUCAGCAGCUGUGGCAUCUGCGGCUACAUUGGUGGCUGCUCAGUGUGUGGAGACUGCUGAGGCUAUGGGCGCUGAGCGUGACCAUCUUGCUUCAGUAGUGAGCUCUGCUGUGAAUGUUCAUUCACAUGAUGAUAUCACCACUCUUACAGCAGCUGCAGCUACUGCUCUACGUGGGGCAGCAACCUUGAAGGCAAGAGCAUUAAAGGAUGUUUUAAAUGUUGCAGCGGCAAUACCUAUAGAGAGAUGCACUGGAAUCUGUGGUGCAGGAAAUAAUGGACAUCAUAACCGAAGCUACAGCGGUGAGCUUGUCAAUGGAGAUAAUUUUUUGGGUGCUUGUAGCGUAGAAUUUCUUGCCAGGGGCAGUGAGCUUCUCAAACGCACCCGCCAAGGUGAUCUGCACUGGAAAAUUGUCUCUGUAUACUUACACAGGACAGGCCAGGUGAUGCUAAAGAUGAAGAGCAGACAUGUUGCAGGGACUAUCACCAAAAAGAAAAAAAAUGUUGUGUUGGAGGUUUGCAAGGAUAUGCCAGCAUGGCCAGGGAGACACUUGUUAGAGGGUGGAGAUCAUCGUCGAUACUUUGGACUGAAAACACUAGCUAGAGGCAUCGUGGAGUUUGAGUGCAAGAACCAGAGGGAACACGAUAUCUGGACUCAAGGUGUUUCGAGGCUUCUCUCUACUGUAUCCCAAAGAAAAAACAGAAUUCUUCAAUUUUAGAGUUCCACUAUAACUAAAGGCAAUAAGUUUGUUUUUUUGACUAAUUUGCUAGGCUUCUGAACAUAGUGGAACUGUUGUUGGUUUUAUCCUUCUCGGAAAUAUAAAUGGAGAGGUGUGAAAUUUAGGAAUUGAAGAGGUUUCCUCUGGGAAUUAGAAAUGAACGUAGGGAGAGAGAAUGAAAAGGAACAUGUGCAUGCUUUCUGUCUUCAGUUCGACAGAAGCAGGGGAAGCAGAGGUAUUGUAGUAAAAAGCAUGUUGAAGGAGAAUUUGACUUCAAUUAG